CGGAGCAAAUAACUCCGACUCGAUGCACUCCUGGUGGGAGUCCAUAUCAAAAGCCCGCACUCGAAUCCAUCUCCUCUCCACUCUUCUCCCCGAAACCUCCUCAGUUCUCUCGUUCCUUGCCGACUCCGACCGCCCUGCCCGCUCCCUCCUCCUCUCUUCCGCCGCCUAUUCUUCCAUCUCAUCUUCCCUCUGCUCCCCUUCAUCCGGCUCCGACGACGACUCUCUUUGCCUGUGGCUAUACGACACCUUCCUCUCCGCUGACUCCGAACUCCGCCUCGUUGUCCUCUGCUAUAUCCCUCUCCUCUCCUCCUUCUAUCUAUCCCGCAUCCACUCCUCCUCCACCACAUCCGCUAUCUCCCCCACCCCUAAUCUCGCCGGCUUCGAAGCUGUCCUUCUUGUCCUCUACUCAUCUGAAGUCAAGGCUCAUUCGGGUAUACCCGUGCUCAUUUCAAUUCGUGAUCUCUCUCAACCUUCUCUUUAUCACUCCUCUCGAAAUCCCCCUUCGAAUAAAUCGAACCCCAUUAACAAUAACCCCUCGUCUCGGCCUCUAGUCGGCGUUCUAUCGCCUCCUCUCGAACCCCAGAUGGCGGUGAAGUCUACUAAACGAGCUUCCAUUGUAGGCAUUGCCCUUGAUUGUUAUUAUAAGCAGAUCUCGCAAAUGCCCAGUUGGUCAAAGCUUGAUUUUUGCAAAUUUUCGGCAGAUUGGGCAAGUCAGGAUUGCCCUUGUAAAUCUGAUUUCGAUGAUUUUACUACCCAAAAACCUGAUAAUUUUACUGAAAAUAGCCAUGGGCUUUCGGGUGACUCGAGGGGUCACAAUGAGAUUGAGGAUGUUGUGGAAGAAAUUCAGCAUUUGCGAAGUGAGGGGAGGGAUGACGAGUUGAGGUCACAGGGGGUGAGAAUUCCGCUGCCAUGGGAGUUAUUACAGCCGGCAUUGAGGAAUUGUCUUGCAGCUCAUUAUGCUGAUGCUAUUGGUCCCUGCUAUGGAAUUCCCAAUUAUUGUGAUGUUUGGGUAAGUAUAUACUCCUUUCUAUCUAUGUUAGACUUUGAAUCUAUGUAUUCUGUGCAUUACUGA